AAAGAGAGUGGAGCGGGUUGUUUAGGCUCUGAGCGCAUGCGCCAGUCCCCCUCGGAACGUUUGUGCUGCGCUCCUAGAGAGGGUGGGGGUGGUUGUUUGCCUGACGGACCGAGUACGGGUGCCGGGCGGGCUCUUGCGGAAGUCCAUGCGCCAUUGGAAGGGCCGCAGCGGCUUCUCUGUGUCCUUGUUGCCCAGGUCCUCUUCCUGGGUCAUUCCUGGAGCAGGAGCCGGACUGGGGCUGACACCAGGGCUCCCGCCUGUGUGACCUCCUCGCUGGAGGGAUGUGGCGACUACGCCGGGCCGCCGUGGCCUGUGAGGUCUGCCAAUCCUUAGUGAAACACAGCUCUGGAAUAAAAGGAAGCUUACCACUACAAAAACUGCAUCUGGUUUCACGAAGUAUUUAUCAUUCACAUCAUCCUACCUUAAAGCUUCAAAGACCCCAAUUCCGGACAUCAUUUCAGCAGUUCUCCUCUCUAACUAACCUCCCUUUACAUAAAUUAAAACUUUCCCCAAUUAAGUAUGGCUACCAGCCCCGCAGGAAUUUUUGGCCAGCAAGAUUAGCUACAAGACUCUUAAAACUUCGGUAUCUCGUACUGGGAUCUGCUGUUGGGGGUGGUUAUACAGCCAAAAAGACUUUUGAUCAAUGGAAAGACAUGAUACCAGACCUUAGUGACUAUAAGUGGAUCGUGCCUGACAUUGUGUGGGAGAUUGAUGAAUAUAUUGAUUUAGAGAAAAUUAGAAAAGCCCUUCCUAAUUCAGAGGACCUUUCAAAGUUGGCACCCGACUUUGACAAAAUUGUUGAAAGCCUCAGCUUAUUGAAGGACUUUUUCACCACAGGUCACAAAUUGGUUAGUGAAGUCAUAGGAGCUUCUGACCUGCUUCUCUUGUUAGGUUCAUCUGGAGAAACCACAUUUAGAGCAACAGAUCAUGGACCUGAAAGUGACAAGCAUUUUAGAAAGGGUCUGCUUGGUGAGCUCAUUCUCUUACAACAGCAAAUUCAAGAGCAUGAAGAGGAAGCACGCAGAGCUGCUGGCCAAUAUAACACGAGCUAUGCCCAACAGAAGCGCAAGGUGAUGGAUGGUUUAAGGGGGCUACUCAUUUAUGGUAUUAUUUUGUUGCAGUUAAAAUACCAGAGAAUCUUGGAGCGGUUAGAAAAGGAGAACAAAGAAUUGAGAAAAUUAGUGUUGCAGAGAGAUGACAAAGGCAUCCAUCAUAGAAAGCUUAAGAAAUCUUUGAUUGACAUGUAUUCUGAAGUUCUUGAUGUUCUAUCUGAUUAUGAUGCCAGUUAUAAUACACAAGAUCAUCUGCCUAGGGUUGUUGUGGUUGGAGAUCAGAGUGCUGGGAAAACUAGUGUGUUGGAAAUGAUUGCUCAAGCACGAAUAUUCCCACGAGGAUCUGGGGAGAUGAUGACACGUUCUCCAGUGAAGGUGACUCUGAGUGAAGGUCCUCACCAUGUGGCCUUAUUUAAAGACAGUUCUCGGGAGUUUGAUCUUACCAAAGAGGAAGACCUUGCAGCAUUAAGACAUGAAAUAGAACUCCGAAUGAGGAAAAAUGUGAAAGAAGGCUGUACUGUUAGCCCUGAGACCAUAUCCUUAAACGUGAAAGGCCCUGGGCUACAGAGGAUGGUGCUUGUUGACUUACCAGGUGUGAUUAAUACUGUGACAUCAGGCAUGGCUCCUGACACAAAGGAAACUAUUUUCAGUAUCAGCAAAGCUUAUAUGCAGAAUCCUAAUGCCAUCAUACUAUGUAUUCAAGAUGGAUCGGUAGAUGCUGAACGCAGCAUUGUUACAGACUUGGUCAGUCAAAUGGAUCCUCAUGGAAGAAGGACAAUAUUUGUUUUGACCAAAGUAGACCUGGCAGAGAAAAAUGUGGCUAGUCCAAGCAGGAUUCAGCAGAUAAUUGAAGGAAAACUCUUCCCAAUGAAAGCUCUAGGUUAUUUUGCUGUUGUAACAGGAAAAGGAAACAGCUCUGAAAGCAUUGAAGCAAUAAGAGACUAUGAAGAAGAAUUUUUUCAGAAUUCAAAACUUCUGAAAGUCCGUGCUCUUAGCUACUGUACCAAACUGCUUCAGCUGUGUGUUUUGUGUAUUGGAAAUGGAGAAACUACAGUCAAGGAGAAGAUACACGAGAUAGCCUUUAGUCAUUGCAAAGAAAGAAUCCUCAAACUAGAACAUCUUUCUUCUUCCUCAGCAACACGUUUUAACCUUGAAACUGAGUGGAAGAAUAACUAUCCUCGCCUACGAGAACUUGACCGGAAUGAACUAUUCGAAAAAGCUAAAAAUGAAAUCCUCGAUGAAGUUAUCAGUCUGAGCCAGGUUACACCGAAACAUUGGGAGGAAAUCCUUCAGCAAUCUUUGUGGGAAAGAGUAUCAACUCAUGUGAUUGAAAACAUCUAUCUUCCAGCUGCACAGACCAUGAAUUCAGGCACUUUUAAUACGACAGUGGAUAUCAAGCUUAAACAGUGGACUGAUAAACAGCUUCCUAAUAAAGCAGUAGAGGUUGCUUGGGAAACCCUACAAGAAGAAUUUUCCCGCUUCAUGACAGAACCGAAAGGAAAAGAGCAUGAUGACAUAUUUGAUAAACUUAAAGAGGCUGUUAAGGAAGAAAGCAUUAAACGCCACAAGUGGAAUGAUUUUGCAGAGGACAGCUUGAGGGUUAUUCAACACAAUGCUUUAGAAGACCGGUCCAUAUCUGAUAAACAGCAGUGGGAUGCAGCUAUUUAUUUUAUGGAAGAGGCUCUUCAGGCUCGUCUCAAGGAUACCGAAAAUGCAAUUGAAAACAUGGUGGGUCCAGACUGGAAAAAGAGGUGGUUAUACUGGCAGAAUCGGACCCAAGAACAGUGUGUUCACAAUGAAACCAAGAAUGAAUUAGAGAAGAUGUUGAAAUGCAAUGAGGAACACCCAGCUUAUCUUGCAAGUGAUGAGAUAACCACAGUCCGAAAGAAUCUUGAAUCCCGAGGCGUAGCAGUAGAUCCAAGCUUGAUUAAGGACACAUGGCACCAAGUUUAUAGAAGACAUUUCUUAAAAACAGCUCUAAACCAUUGCAACCUGUGUCGAAGAGGCUUUUAUUACUACCAAAGGCAUUUUGUAGAUUCUGAGCUGGAAUGCAAUGACGUCGUCCUGUUCUGGCGAAUACAGCGCAUGCUGGCUAUCACGGCAAACACUUUACGACAGCAGCUCACAAACACUGAAGUCAGACGAUUAGAGAAAAAUGUUAAAGAAGUAUUAGAAGAUUUUGCUGAAGACGGCGAGAAGAAGGUUAAAUUGCUUACUGGUAAACGAGUUCAACUGGCUGAAGACCUCAAGAAAGUUAGAGAAAUUCAAGAAAAACUUGAUGCUUUUAUUGAAGCUCUACAUCAGGAGAAAUAAAUUAUAAAUUUUUCUCAUAACAUCAUCACUUCUGCAUACACCUGAAGAAAGAAAAAUCCAAAGUUUUUUGUCCUGCCUUUUUUUCUUCUGCUAUUCCACCUUUCUAAACAUAAAAUAAAGUCGUGGGAUAAAAAUAAUGUAUGCGUGUUAGAGGCACUUUAACCACCAGCUGCCUUUUGUGUGGGACAACAGUGGAAAUGGCAUUAACAUUCUAUGUUGUUGUAUUAAAGUGACAAAUUGAGAUAAUGUAAGUGGUAUGACCAUUAGUCUCAGUACUCAAAGAUAAGAAACGUGCUCUUCUACUUGUUGUCUCACUUGUGGUGACACUAGUUUAACUAAUUAAUUAGCUGAUAUUACUCCAUGUCAUUUUCUUUUCCAGAAAAAGAAUGCUAGAUGUUUUGAAAUAAAACUUACAGCAGUUUUUAAAAGCUAUCAACUGUAUAUAAAAUGAUGAUAACCCACUAAGUUACUGUCUGUAUCUGUAAUGUUCUCUAUCCAGAAACUCUUUGUCCAUGAUAAUUCAGUUUGUACUCAUCAUGUGAAAGAAAACUAGUUAACAAAAGAACCCCUCAAAUAGGGUAAUUUGGAUUACAACAAUUCCCCGUACAUUCAUUGAGAGAGAUUUCAACCUUUCAUUGACAGCUUAGAGAGUUGCCUUAGAAGCUAAGUCACUGGUAGCUUGCCUAUUUGAUUCAGUUGAUGUUUUUGUACUCUCUGUAUCCAUUUGAAUAUCAUUCAUUUUGGAUGUUGUAUGCUUAAGCUACGCCUUCUGUUAACAGUGUUUUGGGUUUUUUUUACCUGUUGACAGAGCUAUUGGGUUAUGACACAGGAGAGGGAAGAUUGAGAAUAAUCAAUUGACUGAUUGCAUUUAGACUAUUGUCAAACAUUUCAACUAGGCCUCAGGAAAAGGCUUUCUUUCCUAAGACUGUAUUUUAAAUAGAAAUUAUUUCAACAAUUAGAAUAAUGUUGACUAUACCCAUCUUAGCUGAACAUUUAAAGAAAAAAUAUAAAGUUUAAUUUAUUGCAGUUCAAUUACAGUGAUAUGCUCACAGCAUUUUCGUGUUUUAUAUAAUUUUUUUAUUGGCUAAAGGACUUUAAAACUAAGAAAUAUGCCAUUUUUGACUUUAAAUAUCUUUCUCAUUUAACUCUGCUCUUUGCUACCAUUUCAUUAAGCCUUUAUUAUUCUACUAGAAAUGCUCAUUGUAUGAUAGUUUUUAUUUUACAGUUUACUUAAUUUUACAAUUUUCUUCGGAUUAUGUUUUGGUAACAAUUCCCUUGCAACCCUGCAUUUUAAAAAAUUUAAUAUCUACAUUCUUCAUUGUGAUCUCUCUCAAGACCUGACACUUAAUAUACAAGGUUGAAGGAUAUCACAAAAUAUUUUAGAAAUUGGGAAUUCAGUAAAUAUUUGUUUUAAUACUGUUUAAUAAGAAAAGCAGAUCCAGUUUUCAGCAGCUAGUAGCAACAUACAUUGUUAUUUGGUAGGUGAGUGAUCAAGAACAUUUCCGGUGUCUGGAUGGAGGGCUAGUGGGUGAACAGAAAGGGAGCGGAGCCGCCCAGUGUUCCCCGCAGAGAUUAACUCCCUCUGACCAGUGCCCGCCGGUAGGUAAACCCCUUCACUGGAGCAGGCAUCAUGCAAUUGUUAACUCUUUUGUAGUUAUAAAAUACAGCCCCCUUACAACUACAAACCUAUAGGACCAUAUUUAUUUCUGUGAGCUCUAGAUAGGAAAAAAUGCCCUCAGCUGUAUUUCUACAGAUUUCUCCCAAACAAAAGGUUGAUGUUAAGUCAGUACUUUUAUCACAUCCAUUUGUAUAAAUUUAAGAAAGGGGGUGGGGUGUCUUUAUUUCUUUGAGAUCAGUAUUUGUAAUAUAAAUAUAUAAAUAAAUGAUAAAAAUUAAUAUUAAAAAGUCCCGUAUAAAAAUCCAGACAUUCCCCCAUCCUCCUCAGUAAUAUGACAUCUCUCAUGGAUAAAAUAUAUUUUUUUUCUUUGUUUCACUGAUCUCAUACUAAGCAUGCCUUUUUUUUCUUUGAAAGCUAAGUAUUUAUUAAAUGUAGAUGUUAUUAAAAGAAAAAAUAAAAUUCAGAUUCUCAACAGUAAACCCUCUGUGUUGUGUCUAUAGUUCAAAAAUUAUAAAUGAUUCAGAUUUAAACACAUCACUUCAGAAAUCCAAUAUACAGAAGUUAAAUUCUAACUAGACUAGGAAUCAUUUGUUUUUCAGGUCAGGAUUUGCACAAUAAAAAAAAAUGUGACCAAAGCUCUGUAGGGAACUGAACAAUUAUAAAGUAUAUGUAAAAUUCACUUUGUCAGGCUAUCAGUUAAAUGAUCAGUAUAUGUAGGCAGUGCACAGUAGGAAGCAAGUUAGUGCUGCUUCAUGGUUGAACCGACAGAGUUAUUCUUACAGGUGGAGCAAUCUGCCUUUCUUAGUAGCUUAAUUAUGUUCUCUCCUCUUUAUAUUACCUCCCGUUUUCCAGGCUUCUUCCCACAAAUAAUGUAGCCUCUAAAUGCAAAUGAAUAGAAUAGAAAUGAGUACGGAACAUUACAGAGUGGUGUUUCCCAGCCUUACAAUUUGGGAGUUUUACAUAUGAUAAGAUUCAGAAUGUAGGUUUGAAAGAUCAAUUCCUUAGUUAAUAAUUAUCUAUUUAUUUUAGAUUUAUGUAUCUGUAAAA